AUGGAGCAAAGAAAACUGCAGGUUGGUGGAACCAAAACUGGUGUGGUGCGCUAUGUAGGGGAGACGGAUUUCGCCAAAGGGGAAUGGUGUGGUGUGGAGUUGGAUGAACCUCUGGGAAAGAACGACGGAGCUGUUGCUGGAACAAGAUAUUUUCAGUGCCCACCAAAGUUUGGCCUCUUUGCUCCUAUCCAUAAGGUCAUCCGGAUUGGGUUCCCAUCCACCAGCCCAGCCAAAGCGAAGAAAAGUAAGAGGAUGGCCAUGGGUGUCUCAGCCUUGGCUCACAGUCCCAGCAGCUCGUCUAUCAGCUCUGUCAGUUCCGUGGCCUCCUCCGUAGGGGGAAGGCCUAGCCGGAGUGGACUGCUGACCGAGACCUCUUCUCGCUAUGCCCGGAAGAUCUCUGGCACGACAGCCCUUCAGGAAGCAUUGAAGGAGAAGCAGCAGCACAUCGAGCAGCUCCUGGCUGAGCGUGACCUAGAGCGUGCUGAAGUUGCUAAGGCAACCAGCCGCAUAUGUGAGGUGGAGAAGGAGAUUGCCAUCUUGAAAGCUCAGCACGAGCAGUAUAUAACAGAAACUGAGGGAAAUUUGCAAAGAGCACGAGCCUUGCUGGAGGGAGCCCAGAAGGAGAAAGUAGAGCUGCUGAACCAGUUAGAAGAGGAGAAAAGGAAGGUAGAGGAUUUACAGUUCCGAGUUGAAGAAGAAUCCAUUACAAAGGGAGAUUUGGAGACUCAGACGCAGCUGGAGCAUGCUCGAAUACGGGAGCUCGAACAGAGCCUCCUGUUUGAGAAGACCCAGGCAGCAAAGCUUCUCAGAGAAUUGGAGGAGAGCAGGCAGUCCACUAUGCUGAACAAAAGGUUUGUUUUCAAGAUGGAGAAUGCUGGGACUGAAGGAUUAACUACCGUGGCAGAGAAGUCAAGAAUCCUUCAGCUCGAGGAAGAGUUGACCUUGAGGCAAAGUGAGGUUGUGGAGUUGCGGCAAUGUUUAAAGAAUUCCCAUCAGCCAGAAUCUCCAGAUCACAGCCUGGGCCUGCAGACAGAAGCUCUCCGCUUACGUGACCAGCUGUUUUCAGCCAACAAGGAGCACCAGAAAGAGAGUAUCCAACUGAAAGAGAAGUAUGAGAGGACUUUGAAGAAGCACCAGCAGGAGGUUGAAAAGUUGAAAGCUGUCAAUGAAAAGUACUCCCAAGAAAUUGUGGACCUCAAACAAAAAGUUCAGCAGGCCACCAAUGAGAACAUGGGCUUAAUGGACAACUGGAAGUCAAAGCUGGAUAUGUUAGCAUCAGACCAUCAGAAAUCAUUGGAGGAUCUCAAGGCUACUUUGAACACAGGCUCUGACAGCCAGCAUAAGGAAAUUGUGGAGCUGAAAGCUGUAGUAGAAAGCAUCAAAUUGGAGCACCACUUAGAGCUGGAGAACCUAAAAGCUAAGCAUGACAUUGAGAUGGCAGUUCAUAUUAAAGAGAAGGAAGGCCUUAAGCUGAAGGUACAAGAAGUCAAGGAGGAAAAGGAAGAAAGCGACAAUAAUUGGAAGAGCCAGUUGGAAACCAAAACAAACCAGCAGCUUAUGGAACUUCAGGACCUGAAGGAUAAAUGUCGAGAUGCUGACCUCAGAGUUCAUGAACUGGAGAAGCUACACAGUGAUUACAAAGACCAGGCACAAGCCAUAGCUUUCUUGAAAGAGCAGAUCUCCUUGGCUGAGAAAAAGAUGUUGGACUAUGAGACCCUGCAGAAAACUGAGGUUCAGAGUAAACAAGAGAUUCAGCGGUUGCAGGAGAAAGUUCUUGUGUUAGAGAAUAAAUUGCACUCCAUGGAGCCCCUCCACCCUUCCCAACCCACCAAUAUGAUUGAAACAAAUGACAUUUCAGAAGAAAAGAUCAAAAUGAAACAAGCAAUGGAAGAUUUCCAGGACAAAUUGAGUAAGAAAGACAAGGAGGUGUCAUCACUUGUCUCCCAGACGGAUACUCUAAGGGCCCAAGUAAGUGCACUGGAAAAUAGAUGCAAGAGCUCUGACAAGAAGGCGGAUUCUUUGUUGAAAGAAAAGAAAAGGCUGGAAGCAGAUCUAGAAACAAUGUCAAGAAAAACCCACGAUGCUUCUGGUCAGCUGGUUCUGAUCAGCCAGGAGCUAUUAAAAAAGGAAAGAAGCUUGAAUGAGCUGCGGGCGUUGCUAAUGGAAGCCAACCGGCAUUCGCCUGGCCCUGAGCGAGACUUAAGCCGCGAGGUGCACAAAGCCGAGUGGAGGCUGAAGGAGCAGAAGCUCAAAGAUGACAUCAAAGGACUGCGAGAAAAACUCAGCAUCCUGGACAAAGAAAAAGCAGUCACGGAUCAGCGGCGGUAUUCCCUUAUUGAUCCUUCUUCGGAGACAGAGAUUCUCCGGUUGCAACACCGGCUGGUCAGCACUGAGGAUGUCCUGAGGAACGCCUUGGAGCAGGGCCAGCAAAUGGAAAAGCUGAUGGAGGCUAUGCGCAACUGCUCUGAAAAAGCACAGACUAUUGGAAACUCUGGAUCUGCUAAUGGAGUCCAUCAGCAGGAAAAGUCUCACAAACAGGAGGAGAAACACUGAUGGAAAAGAAGGAAGGAAGGAAGGAAGGAAAGGAAUAUGGAAAUCAUUGGAUCUGUUGUUGAGAAGACGGAAACUUGGAGAUGCCUCCCUCAAGCACCACCAAAAGUAUUUCCAUUCUGUGAACCAAGUGGAAGUCAAGAACGACGGUUCCUCCCCGGUGAUUUCUUUAGUUCUACGUUGAGUCCAGUUCCUCCAAAGAUGCGGUACAGCAGUUGUGCCUAUGGCUGAAUUUCUCCUUUGCUACCUGCAGCCUUUGGCAGUCAUUUUUACUGGCAUGGGGUAUCAUGUCAGGUUUUUGGGGAGGUACUUCCUGCUGCGCCGGCGAGAUACCUCAUUUCAGUGGCUUUUGAAAGACAUUGGAGAUUUUUCUAAGCGACGCCCCACCCCCCCUUUUGAAUAUUUGCUUAAGUAGCUAAUAAUUUGCACAGAUGCAUUCAGAUUUCCCCCUCCAGAUCCGCCGGAUGGACCCUGGUUACAGGUCUGCAAAAGAGCUAAGAUCGAGUACCAUUGACCGUAGGGAACAACCCAGUGUCUGUUUGAAAAGAAUCUCUGUCCUCUACUUAAGCAAACAAACAAACUCUUUUGAGGUCAGAAAUAUAGAGACUUUGCUUAAACCUAAUGAUGUAACAUGGGAUACGCCUUUUGGGGUGGACCUUCUCUAACUUAUUUUAACUUCAGUAAUGAUCAAGUCAUUGGUGAUUUUAGAGUUUUUGAGCCAAUGGUGGACUUCUAAGCUGGUGCCCGUAUAGUUACAUCUCUCAUCUAUUCAGAGAUACAUCUUCUUUAAGCCAAUGAUGGUUAGCCCUUGAAACUAAAGUUGAGAUUGACCCAGAGAUCUAAUCAGCAACUCUCUGGUGGUAGCUGAGAUGUCCUUGUUUUGAGGGUGGAGCGGGGUGGCAUUUUUUUUCCUUUCUCUUUGACUUAUUACGCUUGAAAUUCUGAAACACUUUCCCAAUAUAGGCUAAGGCUUCUUCUUUUUAUUUAUUUUUUUAAUAAAUAAAACUAAAUUAAACUUAGGCCCCAUUUACACAUGCAGCAGAAUUGAAAGGUUUUCAUCCAAAUAAGAUGCCUUUCAAGUAUUUUGGAUUUCAGCUUCCAAUCAUUAAGACAGAACUGCAAAAAAAAAAAAAAAACUGAGAAGGGGAAAUCCAAAAUAUGCGGAGAAUAGGUUGCCUGGCUCUGUGCUUCUGUUCUGCACAGAUCAGUCUAUUUGUAUGUUCUGCCAACGCAAAUAACAAGGAAAGUAGCUUGUUUGAGGUGAAAAGGGAAGAAAGUAGCUUAUUUGGGGUGAAGGACAGAAGAAUUCGAGCUAACCUUCAGAGCACAAGUUGCUUUGCAGCCUGUGGUAACAAUCUUCAGAUAGUAUGUUCUCCCUUGGUUUUCUUGCAUGUAUAAAUUUGAGACCCAGAUGAAUUUCCCCAGAUGAGAAGAUGUCUUAAGUGUUUAAAUAUGAAUGGUUGGAGCAAGAAUGUUCGCUUGUGUGUUUAUAUGGGGUUUUUUUUCUCCUUUUUUCUGCUAGUGGUACACAGGUUUGAAAGAGAAUGAGUGCUGUCUUACAAAAUGCCUUCUUUUGUAAACGUGGCUUUGUUAAAAGAAGCUGACUAGAAAUUGGUGCUAAGUAGAGAGAACCUAAGAAGUGGUUCAGAGGAACCAUCUUUCCUCCGAGAAAGGUCUACUUUCCCCUCACCCCCAGAGUGAGCGUUCAUUCUCUUCAUUCCUCCUCCCCCCAAAUACUACAUUGUGGUUUUCUCAAUCCCACCACCACUAGGGGAUUUGAGGAUUUCAGAGGAACAAAAAGUCCACAUUGUUGUGAGUUCUAGUAACCAUCCGAAGCAAGAACACAUUACUGCUAUUCUCAUCAAACUCAGAGAUGCCAGCUGAAAAGAGCAAAGUAAACAAGAGUCCAGAUGGCUGACUGGCAUUCAGAAAGAUGUAUCCUACAGGUUGAAUUGAUGCUAGUCUGUUGGCAUAGUUUCAAAGACUGUUACGGAAACACAAACCCUUUGAAAGAGGGCGAUGGAAUUUGAAAACAAAGAGCUUAUCAUGCAUACAUGUUCUUUCUUCCUGUAAUCCUAACCAUGUAACCCUAGUCCUGUGGCCUCUCACGUAUAAAAUCCCAGGGCACCAAAGGUCCAAACAGCUGAACCUUGGAACAAGUGAGCUGCCUGCUCUAAUGAGGUAUGGAAUUCAACUGGACCCCUUUUUUUGGUACUUAGACCAGAUUAUUCCACUACUUCUUUAUGCCUCUUAGGCUCUGCUUCUUACCUUGAGAGGGUUGAAUUUAGAACCAGGAUGCUAUCUCGGAGCUUCACAUUUGGUGUCCUCUCCAUGAGAUUAUUUGUUGUAGGGAUCUGGUGAUGGAGAAUGUAGGGUUCCAAUUGAGAAACUGUCUCCCUGGGCUCUGAUCAGGCAUUUUAAGAUUGCGAAUGUGGUUUUUUGCUGCUUUUUCUUUUAAGGUGGCCAACUGAUUCUCAUUGAAAACUGCUACCUAGGAGGAAGUGCCAUGUCAGCGUCAUGUAUUUUAUGAUCCUUCAAAAGGCCUUGGACUCUACUUUCAUAGUGAUGGAUUUGCCAGUAUGUACAGUAAACUUCCACACACUGAUGUCCUCUGGUUUUAUUGGGAUCUCCAAGCCCACAUAAAGAUGUCUAGCUUUUGACUAUGCUAAUUUAGUCUGAAAAUUGGAGUCCCAACACUCCAAUUGGAGUCAUCAGGAUGAGGAAAGUUGAUUUACAGUAUUAAGAAGAAUAAGUUACCCAUUUGUCUUCAUAUACCUCUUAUUUUUCUUCAGCUCUUUGUCAUUUUUCUAUUUUCCUUUAUUGAUUUGUAUCACCUGAAAUGUUGCUGCUUAAUCUUUUUUUCCCCUGCAAAAAAAUGGGCAGUGCAAAUAAUGAUGGUGGUAUUUUCUAAUCAAGUUGUCUUUUUUUUUGCGUUCUGUUUUGAUGCACAGGAAUUGGAGCAAGCUGACAAGUAAAACCACAGAAAAAUAAUAUUUUUGGGAACUCUAAUGAGAUGUUAUUAGUGUGAUAAUUCUCAACACAGGGUGUUUUUUUUUUUGCUUUGAUAAAUUAUGUCUAUUUGUGGAUAAACCAAAAAAUCAACUGUUCUACAAAUCUUUACCAUCUCUUUCUUUUCACUGACACUGUUUUAUCAUGUCAUUAAUUAAAGUUACCUUUGGGGAAGUGAAUCACAGAAAUGGCCAGUAUAAGAAGCAGGAUCUUGGAUAUAUAAAUGAAUUAAUGUAAAGUUUGCUCCUGCUGGGCUAAUUCUAUACAUUGAACAGUUUAACUAGCCAGAAAUAGAAAUUGUACCUUGAUGUCCAAGUAUGGAAUCCUGGUUUAUUCUACAGCUAAACAAGAGAUUGGUGUUGGUUUAUGAGCACUGCUAUAUGCGGGGCAAUUAACAGAGAAUCCAGGUUCCAAUGACAAAUGUGUUUUCUUGGGCUAAUAGGCAAAAGGAAGUGGGAAUUUCUAUUUGGCAUACUAUUCAUUCACUAUUAGCCAGAAUUCAUCAGAAUUCUAGUUUAUUUUUGUGUGCAAACACUGUCUUUGAAAGAACAGUGUCAAUUAACUUCUUUAAUUUCCAUCUUCUGAUAGAGAGCUGAGAUUAUUUGAAUCCUUUCCAGCUGCUUGUUCACUUUAUUUAUUCACCUAAUGGCAACAUUUAUCCAUUAUGACCCUUAAAAACUGGUAGUAGUUUAUCUGCACAGGAUUGCAAGCCAAAGUAAUUGUGCUAUAUUACAAGCAAGAGGCCAGUCCAUCCUACCAUUUUCAUCAGGAUAAAAAAGAGGGAUGGAAAGCAAAAUUCAACAACAAAAAACAUUAUAAAAGUGCUAAUAUUCCUGGUUUAUUUUCCAGCUAUUCUAACUUUAAGUAACAGACGGGUUUCUGGGACACUUAAUGAAAGUCUGAACUUGUAGCAUUGCUGUGUGGUAGAUGAGUGGGAUGGGCCUGUGACAGUUUACCACAGCCAACUCACCGUAGGACAAAUCACUGUGGGAUAUUAUCAAAGAAAUGGUGGAACAGAAUCAUUAAAAAAGGAUGCAAAAGGAGGGACAGAAUGAAAUGUGGAUGACAAAAAUUAAAAGAUUUAAAACAUUUAUUUUCAAUAAUUAAAUUGAAUUGCUAAAUUUUCCUGUGGUAAGUUGGCCGCAAUGAGUUGGCUGUGGUGAGUUGUCCCCGUCCAGAGUGGGACUGCCAAAAAUCCAGAAGGUUUUUUUUUUUUCCCUGUAGGAAACAGCAACUUUGUAAAAAUUUUGGCAGCAUGGUUGAGAAUCUUGUGUCUCCUUUUGAAACGGAAGAGCAGAUGUAUUCUUCUAUAUCCUGUGCACAUUAGGUUCUCAAACUUGAUGCUUUCUUGACUUGCCAGUCUCUAAUUCUCAUUAUACCAUGCUGAGAAUUUUGUUAUAGCCCAAUACAUCUGGAGGGUACCAAAUUUGGGGAUACUGCCUUUUGCUAUGGUUUAUACAAUCUAUACAAUUCUGCGGUGCUGCCUGACUCCUAAUCAAGCUAUUCUUCAAAGCACCUGAGGGCAGGACAAGAAGCAAUGGAUGGAAACUGAUCAAAGAGAGAAGCAACCUAGAGCUAAGGAGAAAUUUCCUGGCAGUUAAAACAAUUGAUCAGUG